AAAGAAAAGAAAAUGGAACAUAUAUGACAUGUCUGUCGUAAUAUAAACGUCAAGAAAGUUGGAUGUAACUUAAACAGAGUCUCGGGUUGUUAUAGUUUAGUUUCAGGUUGGUAGUGACCGGACAGACCUAUGAUUAAGGAUAGGUUGUUUGCAGAUAUGACAGGAAUUUGAUACAAUAUCAAACAAAAGGAAAGAAUUGUAUCGAUAAAUACCGAAGAAAAAAAUAUGGAAAGAACGAUAACAACAAUAUUUAACAGAAAUACAGUCCCAGGGGAGAGAUGUAUGAGAAUGUCUCGGCUGAAACUCAUCAAGAACCAAAAAUUGCCGACAAAAGAAAUGCUCUCCGUGUUCGCAUUUAUUGGUGCACGCGCGCCACUUGACUUUUCUUUCAGACAACUGGAGGUUCUCGACAGUUUAUUUUCAAAAGAAACUAGAGAGGAUGACUCUUCAAAGCUGUAUGGAUCUGAAGAUAUCUUAUUCGUGAAAUCGUCAGAGCAGACCAAUUUGAGCAAACAAGAAGAGCAGCCCAAAACAUCUUGUAAAAAGUCAUUGAGCCGGAGUCUUCGACUGAAUAACAAUUUUCUUAACAACAUCGAAAACUUGCCUGCUAUGGUGCAGGCAUAUUUCCAAUUCCCUACUGAUCUUGCCUGGCUGGAUCUGUCAUUUAACUAUUUGAAGACCAUCAGCUCUCAGAUGUACAGAUGCCCAAACCUUCAGAUAUUAUACAUGCACGGUAAUGCGAUAAGUAACCUGAACGACAUUGAUAAUUUAGUUCCAUUAACGAAGUUGACAAAGCUCACUUUACACGGAAAUCCAAUAGAGCAGAUACAAAACUAUAGAAUCAUCGUUAUAUCUCGUCUUCUAACUCUCAGAGAAUUCGACUUCAGUUGUGUCUCUCUUUCAGAUAGAGAAUCGGGAGAAAGAAUGCUACACGAAAUGAAGGUGAAAAAGACUAGAAAGAAGACAAAUUAAAUUCCCACGUUCUUGUAUUUGAGACGGAAAUUCUUGAGUUUACACCCAUAUACGCAACACAAAUACAUAUACAAGCACGCACGUACACAAUCACAGUUAACGAACAUUCAGUAAUGCAUAAUCACACACAAGCACAAACAAACACAGUUGCAACUCUUCUCUUCUUUCGAACUCUCAAACACACACACACCACACACACCACACACACCACACACACACAUCCUUUUAAUUGUAUAUGCAGCUUGUACUGCGAGAUAUUUCCUUCAACAUCCAUGUAAUGGGGUUCCUAAAAUAUUUCGAUAUCCUCAGUUAAAAUUGCUUCCAUUAUCAACUAAUAGUUACGUUUAUUUGUGCCACAUUGUAUCAUGUUCAGGAUCGUCUUAGCAGCAUUAUAGGCCACCGGACCAAUGAAUACGCAAGGUCUUAUACUAUUUAUUUACUGACACCAAGCCACAGCAUACACAGAUCAAAAUUAGGCCCCUAGAUCCGUAAGGCCCCUGGGUAACUGCACGGUGUAUUCAUGCUUUAAGGCGGUACUGGACACGCUGUAUGGUAAGGCCUAUCCAUACAAUGGCUAUACCAACCACUCCAGCCAUUUCAAUUUAUUUUUUUACUUCGGUGAAACUUUAUACUUCGCCUUCAGCUUUAGAAUUGGUUCUCCUCGCCUCGUUGAUUAUACUAGUAUUGAUUUUCAGCAUGUAGCUAUACCACCAGGAAAGACAUUUGCAAUACACACACACACACUAACAUGCAUGUCUGUGUUUAUCUGUUAUACACCGGUGCAAAUUGCGUCCUCUUACGUCAAAUGGCGAUUUAGCCAUUCGAUAGAGAACGGUUGAAAAUUCCAAACUGGUAUCAGUGAUCGACUAAAAGAAACAAAUGAAUCAUUUGAAGGCAGUACUCCAGCAUGGCCGCAGUCUGAAACCUGUCAAAGAAUAAAAGAAUACAUAAAAUGUAGCAUAGUUUCUUUCUGUAUUAUUUUCCUUCAUUCUUCAACUUCACUGCCACCCCUCAAUCUGUUACAGAUUUGUUUUUAUAAAACCUUAGCCUCUUUCCUCCAACCGGUUUACUUUUCCUUACUCACGUUAUCUUUUUCAAUCGUCAGAUGCAUUCAUUUAUUCAAGUUUUAAAAUAUUAAGUAUUUGUAAGCCUCGAAGUCAUCAAAUGUUUAUAACAGUACCAGCGAAUAAGAAUGAAUGAUUGUUUUUGAUGAGCAGCUAACGAGAAACUCGGAGUAAUUAACUGGGGAAGCCUCAUUUCUUCCACUGCCAAAAUAAUAAUAACCCUUUCUACUGGAGGUACAUGGCCUCAAAUUUGGUGGGAGUGAACUAGUCGAGUAUAUCAACCCUCAAUGUUUCACUGGUAUUUAAUUUAUCGACUCCGAAAAGGAUGAAAGGCAAAAUCGACCUCGGCGGAAUUUGAACUCAGAACGUAAGGACUGCCGAAAUGCCGUUAAGCAUUUUGCCCAGCAUGCUAACGAUUCUGCCAGCUCGCCGCCUUAAUAAUAACAAUAAUGAUAAUAACAAUAAUAACAAUGAUAAUGAUGGUGGUGGUGGUAGUGGUAGUGAUGGUUGUGGUGACGAUGUUGAUGAUGAUUUGAUUUUAUUAAAAUAAACAAAUAAAUGAAAUCA